ACAAACAUAAACAACUGUCAGAAAUUUUAGAUUUCUCUCUUAAUAUCCCCAUAAAUUCCCUCAAAAUGACUCUAAAUCCUUUAGCCAACCCAAAAGGUGUUAAGCUAGUUUGUGAACUUUGUCAGAAACCUGCCUUUAUCCAGUGUACAGAUUGCAGAGUGACUUAUUAUUGUGGCGUGGAGCAUCAGAAAGCUGACUGGCUUGGCAUCCAUGAGAAAAUAUGUCAAGCCCUUGUCUACAUCAGAACAGCCAUCCCCUUCAUUAACUCCGAGGAAGAAAGACAGAAACGAAAGAAGCAGCUUUUGGAGAAACAGCGAGAGAUGAUUGAUCUGACACGCACCACAGGCCAGAAACUUCUAUUUGAGGGCAAACAUGAACAAGCCGUCCCUGCUGCCAUGCAGUCCCUUAGGUUUGCUAUUGAGGUGCAUGGUCUUGCCAGUAUUGAACUUGUUCCAUCUUAUCUUAUUCUUGGAGAGGCUAGUAUAGGUCUUGGAAGAUUGUCCCAGGCCGAAGAGUACCUGUCCCAAGCACAGUGGACCGUCCUGAAGACACCAGAAUGUUCCGACGCCAUCAAAUCGAAGCUCUACAGGAACCUUGGUCUUCUCUAUGCAGCAAAAGGAGAAUAUGAAGAGGCCUUGAGGGCAAUAGCCGAUGAUAUUUACCAUGCCUCAAUGAUGUUCGGAACAGAUGACAUCAGAACGUCCGGUGGUUACUUUCACAAGGCCAAUGUCUUCUUCCGACAGAACAAAAUGGACGUAGCAGACUCACUUUACAAAAGGGUGACAGAUAUCUGGUAUGACCAUUUAGAGAAAAUUGUAAAAGUCCGUACGAAGACGCCUGUUGCCCCCAAAGGUGUUGGAUUAGUUGUUACGGAAAUAAACCAGGAACCUGAGGUCGGCCUUGACGAAGCCCAAGAAGCAGAGGCAAAACAAGUGCUGGGUGCCAUCUAUGAUAUCCGAGAACAGCAACAACCGUCGGCAGACGUCAUGGCUCAGGCCUGCCAUGCACUCUCUAUGCUCCUCUUCAUUCUUCAUGAUGCCGGGAAGGCAAAGGAGAUAACCAAAAAGGCUGUUGCUCUCAAGGAAAGCUUGUCAGAAAACGAGGUGACAAAGAGCGUACUGGAAUUCAACACAUAUCUUGACCGAAUCGAUGUUUACUAAAAACUCAUAAAAACUAGCAUGGGUACUUUCUUCAGCAAAAUAUUGUUCUGAAUGAAAAUUGUUUCUUAAAAAUACACUGAUGUGUAGUAGGCAAACCACUUUGCAGUAAACAUGUGAUCAACUUAAGUGGCAAAUUUUCUAAAUAACCACUUUGUGCAGGUAAACCUGAAAGUUAUUGACAAUCAAAUAUUUUCCAGAGAAAGGUACAAGGAACUUUCAACUUCACAACAAGUAUUGUGAUGUAAAUUAUUUUUUUCUGUUUUAAAGUUCCGUCCAUCAAAAUCAUUUGUAAUUCCCAUUGUAAGUAUUGUACAUUUACAUUUGUAUUAUAUUUUUAUUACCAAUGUCUAUAUUAAACUGCGGUUGUUGAGAUAGGUAGAAGGAGACCACCUUUUUUAGACAUGUCUCAUCUCAUAUUCAUGUUGGCUUGUAUGACACCGAGAAGUUAUAAGCAUGGCUUGUUCUUUGAUGUAUCAAGUUGACCUUUUUAGUUUUUGUUUGGAGUGUCACAGUGUAGACCAUCCAAAAUAUGAUUUCCACAGUUUGUGUAUCCGAACUGCAUAUUCUGUUAAAUUGUAAAAUAUUGACUCUCAACCACUUAUCUGAACAGCACAGCAAAUGUAGCAAAUCAAAAUAAAAUUGUUUUGGU